AUGAGGUCUGCGGAAGCCCUUUUGGGGCCCGCCCCAGGCUGGCCCAUCGGCUGUGGGCGCCACACAGAGGAAAACUUUCGUGUGUUCGUGAGCUUGCCACCGUGCUGCUGGGGCCGAGCUGGCUGCCCCCUGAGCCUGCAGAGCCCCCUGGGCCUGGGACAGAGCGAGGACCCGCUGCAGCACCGCCUCGCGUGCCAGGCCCUGUCCUGUCCUGGAAUAGGGGGGUGGCGGAAAGCAAGCGGCAUCACGGUGGCCUAUGAGCAGGUUCAGAAGGGGCCCCUGAAACUAAAAGGCGCUGCGGAGUUCAGCGUGACCAAGCGGAAGAAGAAACAGAAGGACAAAGACAAGGCGAAACUCCUGGAAGUGAUGGGAAUGAGCAAAAAGAACGAGGAGGAGAAGUGGCGCGGCCUGGACAAGCGUACCCCGGCCCAGGCGGCUUUCGAGAAGAGUCAGAAGUGGCAAAUGGAAAGGAUCCUAAAGAAAGCACCCAAAAUCCACAAGCAGAGAGUUGAGGACUUCAACAGACACUUGGACACCCUUACGGAGCACUAUGACCUUCCAAAAGUCAGCUGGACAAAGUAG